ACCGCCACCGCCACACGGCAGGGCCCGGCGCGCCGCCGGCCAGCGCGGCUGCAUGAGGUUGAUGCUGCUGUGCUGCACCUGGAGGGACGAGCCUAUGGGAGAGGACGAAGGGACCGACCUGCCGGUGUGUGCGAGCUGCGGGCAGGGAAUCUACGAUGGGCAGUACCUGCAGGCACUGAAGGCUGACUGGCACUCUGACUGCUUCAGGGUGUCGCUGGGGUGUGUCCCUGUCCCGUGGAGGAGGAUGCUGGCGGCAGUGUUGAGGAAGAGCCGCGUCCUGAGCGCCGGAGCCAAGUGCUGUGAGUGCGGGGCCUCCCUGUCGCACCAGUACUACGAGAAGGAUGGGCGCCUGUACUGUAAGAAGGAUUACUGGGCACGCUUCGGGGAGCUGUGCCAUGGCUGCUCUGAGCAGAUCACCAAGGGGCUGGUCAUGGUGGCCGGGGAGCAGAAGUACCACCCCGAGUGCUUCAGCUGCCUCAACUGCCGCGCCUUCAUCGGCGACGGGGACACCUACGCGCUGGUGGAGCGCUCCAAGCUMUACUGYGGCCACUGCUACUACCAGAUGGUGGUGACACCGGUGAUCGAGCAGAUCCUGCCGGACUCGCCRGCCUCCCGCAUCCCUCACACCGUCACCCUGGUCUCCAUCCCYGCCUGCUCCGACGGCAAGCGCGGCUUCUCCGUCUCCAUCGACCAGGGCUGCGGCACCGAACACCCGCGCACCGUGCGCGUCCGCGAGGUGGACCCAGACUGCAUCAGCCCUGACAUGAAGAACUCCAUCCACGUGGGCGACCGCAUCCUGGAAAUCAAUGGGACCCCCAUCGGCCACGUCCCCCUGGACGAGAUCGACCUGCUGAUCCAGGAGACGAGCCGCCUGCUGCAGCUGACCAUCGAGCACGACCCCCACGAGCCGCUGGGCCGGGAGCCAGGGCUGACGGGCAGCCCCCUGCCCGCCCCGUGCAGCCCCCUGCGCUCACCGGCCCCCGCGCCCUGCGGGGACCCGGCCGCCACGCGCCAGCGCGCUGUCACGAGGAGCUGCAGCACGGACAAGUCCCCGGGCUCGGGCUCCGUGGGCUCUCCCGCGUCGCAGCGCAAGGACAUCGGGCGCUCCGAGUCCCUGCGAGUUGUGUCCCGCACCCACCGCAUCUUCCGCCCCUCCGACCUCAUCCACGGCGAGGUGCUGGGCAAGGGCUGCUUCGGCCAGGCCAUCAAGGUGACACAUCGGGAGACGGGCGAGGUGAUGGUCAUGAAGGAGYUGAUCCGCUUCGACGAGGAGACGCAGAGGACCUUCCUCAAAGAGGUGAAGGUGAUGCGCUGCCUGGAGCACCCCAACGUGCUCAAAUUCAUCGGGGUGCUCUACAAGGAGAAGAGGCUCAAYUUCAUCACCGAAUACAUCAAAGGAGGCACCCUGAGGAGUCUCAUCAAGAGCAUGGACAGCCACUACCCCUGGAGCCAGCGGGUCAGCUUCGCCAAGGACAUCGCCGCCGGCAUGGCCUACCUCCACUCCAUGAACAUCAUCCACCGYGACCUCAACUCUCACAACUGCCUCGUGCGGGAGAACAAGAGUGUAGUGGUGGCCGACUUUGGGCUGGCACGGCUGAUGGUGGAUGAGAAGAACCAGCCCGAGCAUCUCAAGAACCUGAAGAAACCGGACCGCAAGAAGCGCUACACGGUGGUGGGGAACCCCUACUGGAUGGCCCCCGAGAUGAUCAAUGGGAGGAGCUACGAUGAGAAAGUGGACAUCUUCUCCUUCGGCAUCGUCCUGUGUGAGAUCAUCGGCCGGGUGAGCGCUGACCCCGAUUACCUGCCCCGCACCACCGACUUCGGCCUCAACGUCCGGGGCUUCCUGGAGCGCUACUGCCCCCCCGCCUGCCCCCCCAGCUUCUUCCCCAUUGCCGUCUGCUGCUGCGACCUGGACCCCGAGAAGCGGCCGUCCUUCGCCAAGCUGGAGCAGUGGCUGGAGACGCUGCGCAUGCACCUGGAGAUCCACCUGCCGCUGAGCUCGCAGCUGGAGCAGCUGGACCGAGCCUUCGGGGAGACGCACCRGCGGGAGGGGGGGCUGCCCGCGCCCCCCCGGUAGAGCCCUCACCCGCACCCUCCGCAGCCACGGGAGAAGGAGCCGUGUUCACCACCGGCCGCUCCUGGGCUGCCCCGCCCGGGGCUGGAUCCCGGGACCCCGGACGCGCCCCGCUGCCCGCCCCGCCCCACCCCGCCCCGGGGAGCCGGCUCUCCCCGAGGCCGCAUGGCCCUGGGCACCCCCACGCCGUAGCUCUGACCGCCAGGACCAGCCCGGCCGGCCGCACCGCGGGGACCGUACCGCGUCCCCGUGUCCCCAYCCCGGCUCACCUCCCCUUUGCACACCGGGGCUGCCCUCGGCCGAGCCCCGCGGGCUCCCCCGGACAGAGCCGCAGCCUCGCGGCGGUGCCUUGGCUUUCCGUGAACUUGCACUGCGACACAGGAGGGACCCGCGGCCCCCGGGGCACCCUCGUAGCAACGCCCUCGGCCGGCCCCUCACGCUGCUCCCGCCGGCACCCCAGGCUCAGGGGGCUGCCGGCACCCCCGGCCGAGCGAGGGCACCGCGGGGACGCCCCCAUGGCGUGGGGAUGGGCACGUAGCUGUCCCUGCCGCCCCUGCGCCUCCGCUGCCCGUGCUGAGCCCUGACCACCCGGGGACGGCGCCGGGUGCUCCGGAGGGACGUGGGGCCGUGGCUCAUCUCCGUCCCCCUGYCCCGGGGGUCCAGGGGGGGCUGCGCCACGCGGUGCUUUUCAUGCUCUUUAUUCAGGUUCAUUUUUCUGUAAGAUAUUUAAAGAGAAGAGUUUGUAUUAUUUUUUCAUACGA